GGGCUGCGCCGCUCGUAUUCUCGCAGCCCGCCAUACGACGAUACCGCGUGUGUGCAAAUGAUUUUGUUUUUAUGGCGCUCAUAUAUCAGGUACUACGAGUGUUGGUGCUGGGUGUGACCGCGGCAGCCGUCGACGAUGUUCAAGUAACAUGGUCGCAGAGUCCCCGCGCCGCGUCGCUGCCGUGCGCGGUCGUGGAUUGGAGUCGAGUGCAGCCUCGCCGACCGCCGCCGUUGAUCGACGAAGACCGAUCAAGGGCAAAGCCCUUCAUAUGGAGGAAGGGCGAUGACCAGAUCAACCCUAAACGGGUUGCUUUUAACGGUACGUUGGAAGUGAGCCGCAAAAGCGGCGGAGGCACGGAAGGAGUGUACCAGUGUGCAGUUUGGGAUCACGGAGGUCAAAUCCUUGGAUACCCUGUAAAUCUCAAGUUUUCAUAUAUGGACAAACAGUUCUCGGCACAGCCAGAAGAUGUUACAGCGAGAGUGGGCCAGCCAUUGUCCAUCCCUUGUCGCAUUAACUCCGGUCCUGCAGCAAACGUGUCGUGGACCAAGGACGGUGUAACUCUACCACAAAAUGAUAGAUAUUAUUUCCUAGACAACGAAUUGCUCAUCACAGAUAUUGUAAGUGAAGAUGCUGGAGUAUAUAGGUGUAUAGCAACGAAUUUCAACGCAAACAAGACCCGUAUCAGUCGUGAAGGGAGAGUGACGGUAACGGAAUCGGUUAACGAAGAUCCCUCUUUCCUUUCUGUGCAACAUGAAGACCACAGCGCUGUGCCCCGAGGGGAUAGCAUCCUUCUCCUCUGCCCUGUUCUUGGAUGGCCCAAACCCAAGUUAAUAUGGGAACUGACCCCACCCGGUGGAAGAACGAGUGAGUUGGAGAUAACAAAGGAAGUCCUGUCUCUCUCAAAAUUGGAUUAUGAUCAAGAAGGUGUUUACACCUGUUCCAUAGAAGGUCAUAGCGAUUUGGUUAAGACUUUCAACGUGAGCUUAACAGAACCAGUGCGUAUUACUCUACCGCCGUUAGCGAAGGAGGCGAUGCGUGCCAGCACCGUACGCUUCAAUUGUACCGCCGUUGGCAGACCGGAGCCUGUAAUCACCUGGUACAAGGAUGGGCAGCGACUAGUAUUGGCUGGACGGAUAAAUUUACGGACGUCCGCCGAUCGCAAGCGCAUCGAGCUAGUAAUAAGCGGCGUCACAUCGGCCGACGCAGGCGUGUACCAGUGCUUCGCGCGCAGCGGGCGCGCGGCGCGGUCCCGCUGGGCGCGGCUGGGCGUGUCGGGGCCGGGCGCGGCGGCGCCGGGCGCGGUGCGCUGCGCGCCGGCCGCCGGCGCCGCCGUGGCGCUGCGCUGGCGCCCCGCCGCCGCGCGCGUCGUCACCUACACCGUCGACGCCACCCCCGCAGAUAAACAUGGCGUAGCGAUCACUGGACAGCCGCAUCAAAACACUGAGGAAAUCGUCAGAGUCAGGGAACCGUUGAAACCUUAUAUAUUUCAAGUUCGAGCGUACAUCUCGUCGCCCACAAACAAAUAUAUAAUACCAAGCGAUAUGUCGGAGAGUGUCGUCUGCCAGGGGCAAGGAGUUCCAAUAAAACUAACAAAAUUAGAAGACGACAAGGUGUUGGUAUCUUGGAAGCAGUUCGCAGAUGAAACUCCAGGAGUCCUGGAAUGGAUUUUACAAUAUCGAAGCGAGAAUGAAACUCACGAUGAAGAACACAACAUUACUUUGGCCGCGAAAGUUGUCAACUACACAUUAACAGCUCCUCAAUCUUCUCCUCUCCUGGUGCGCUUGCUGGGAUCGCGAACCUUGGAGUGGCUUCCACAGAACCUGACGCUGGUGCCAUGGUUCUCUACUACCACGGCGGGGCAGGAUAACGACGACGGCGUGGUAACAGUUCUACCUCAAGAUCUAGAAGUGACUGAAGUGGGGGAGCGGUGGUUCACACUAAAGUGGCGGUGUGAAGACGCUUCAAGAUACACCUUCAUGGUUUGCGUUAGGAGAAUCGACGGCUAUGAUGAGUGUCAGGAAAGCUACAAAACCACUAUAACUAUAGAAGGACUCCAGCCGGAUACUGAGUAUGAGGUUCGGGUGCAGGUUCGGAUCCCAGGCAGAGCACGGGGCGGUGCUUUCAGUCCGCCUUACCACGUCACUACACAACCGGAGGGCCAGCAGCGCUUCAAGGAGCUGUCGUACAAGUUCGUGAACGCGAGCGCGCUGCUGGUGUGGUGGCGCGGGGCGCGCGCGCGGUACACCGUGCGGCACAGCGCGCAGCUGCGCCUGCCCGUGGAGCAGUGGGCCGCCGUGGACGCCGACGGCACGCAGGCGCUGAUCAAUGGCAUCGAACCCACGGAGCAAACGUACGUCAUGGUGACGGGGUACGAGCCGCUGGCGUACAGCCCCAUUCUAAACAUUCCCGCGCCGAUGAAGGAAUUGGAGGCCAAGGACCUGCAGUACGAGUACACGCGCGCGGGCGUGCGCGUGCGCUGGGCGGGGCGGGGCGCGCGCACGGUGCGCUUCGCGCAGAACAUCACGCAGCCGCUCGACGACUGGCGGGCGCUCAACGUGUCCGAGCCGCACGUCGAGCUGACGAACCUAGAUGCGAGCCUGCCGGUGUACGUGAUGGUGACGGCUGCGGGUGGCGGCCGACGGCAGCACGUCCUGACGGUACCGCCGCGACCGCCCGCCGCCGUCGGCGACCACUUCUACUACUAUCUAGGGCUGGGCGUGGCGUGCGCGCUGUGCGCGUGCGGCGCGCUGGCCGGCGGCGCGCGCGGCGUGUGGACGCGCCGCAAGGCCUCGCAGCGAACACGAAGAACGCCCGUCGCGACAGUUGAAGGGCAAGAAGAGGAGGGCUCUGAAAUGAAGACGGCGCGCGUGUCCAACGGCGGCGCGGGCGAGCCGCUGCUCAACGGGCACGUGCACAUCACGGAGAACCCCGCCUCCAAAACACCAAACGGAAGAAUGAAGAAGCCUCGGCGCGCCGAGCCGGCGGCCUACGAGGCGUUCGACGUGUCGCGGCCCGAGCUGGACGCCACGGCGGAGACGGUGCUGGACGACUCCGCCUACAGCCUGCUGGACACGUCGCGCCGCCCCGAGUACGACCUGGCGCGCUCCUCCCAGAACUUGAGCGCCAACAACUCCUUCAAGCUGCCGGACGACAACAUGAACUCCGAACUGACUAGAAGUGCCGAUUUCCAACUCGACAACAGCAAAAUUCAACCCACGCUGCAGCCUAACGGUUGAAAUAUGACACGCCGCGGGUUUUCAGAACUACAUGGGGUGUAGGCGACCCUAAACCGGUUCUAGCCGGUUACGAAUAGUUAAGCUGAAUAGGAUGAGAUUUUGUACAGUUCAGUUUUAUAUUAGACGGAGGUUUACGACCGGUUUGUGCGAGGAUAGCUUGGCGUUUUGUUCCUAAUAGACUUUAUUUUCAAACGAAGGCUGAUUUUAAAGUAAACAAUAGUACGGGUAUCCAGUUAUUUAGUUCUCUGAAAAAAAAAAUAUUCACGUAAAGUUAUUCUCGCUUAAACUUAACGCAAUAGAGUCCAUUAUAAAAUAAAAUUCAAAUGUAUAUAGGCAUUUUAGUGCCCUCCGUGGCGUGUAUAUAGCGUUUAUCGGCCUGAGAUUAUAAUCACCGAGACAAUAAGGUUAAAAUGACGCGAAAAAAAAUAACCUAAAAUAUUUCAUUGCGCCGUUAAAUCGGCUUACUACGUAAUUAUAUAAUUAUAGAUAUGAAUACAGUGCCUGCGAAUAGUACACACCAAUACACCUAUUAAAGUAUAGUAGUUCACCGUUAGUGCAACUUGAGCGUACAAAAUACAGACCAAAAUUAUGUCCAAACAGCCCUUUAUUACCUGACAUGUAAAUAUCUCGAGCGUAUUUAUUGAUGUUGAAAAACCGUAUUUAUUUCUGAUAUUUUUUUUUUCAUAGACAGUUUUUUAGACAAAGCCUUAGAAGCUAUCUGUUAUCUUCAUAAUCUACAUUCCACAUAAAGUAUAUACUUAUAUGUCACACCAGUAAUAUAAUUCUACUUUUUUUUAUUGAAACGCACAUUUUUUUUUAUAUAUUAUAUACCUGUUAAAGUUUUAUUAGCAGUUUUUAAUCACCCCAAACAUCGUUUUCUACAUAGACACAAAAAAAAGAAAUAAAAAAUACGUAGAUAGAUUAAAAAAAGAUAAAUGUAAAAAUAUUCAAAAAGUAUAUUAAAAUAAAAAAAUAAAAUAAAAAAUAUUACAACGAACUACUGAUAUUACGUAAUGUACGUGAAAUAGUUAUAUAAAAAACUCGUUAUCGUUAAAAAUGUUACAAAAACGUUAUAUUAUAUAAAACCUCUCCGGUGACAAUGGAACUUGAUUCUUUUUUGAAAAUUAAAAAAAAAACAAGUUCGUUGUUCAUAAUUCCAUAUCACAAUUUGAAUCUACCUCAUUUUAUUCGUUGUAAGGUUCUUUUAGAUGUUACGAUUUUAAUGUUGAAUCGGUUAAGUUUUUUUCUAAUGCCCAUCGACAAGCGGUUAAACGCAACGGCAACCUUCUGGUUAGAUAGUGUUUUUUUAUUUAUUCUAGCUUUAUAAGUUCUGUAUUUGACAAAAUAAAAUGUUUUUGUUCAUUUGAUUUUUAAAUAACUUUCAUAUUAAUGCUAACAACAACUUCUGUAGACGCACACGGUUAAUUCGGAUCGCUCCAAACUACUCGCUUUUCAAAACAUGCGUACAUAUUUAUUUUAUUACACGUUAAGGGAGUAUUUUGCAAUUUUCCGAAAUUAAAGUUUCAAGAUUAUAGACGAGUAUAAACAAAAAAUAAAUACAAAAGUUUCUCAAAGACUCGACAAUCAGAGAAAAUAUAAAUUAAGAUCAGAAUAUUGCAAAAUAUUUUUUUUAAUUUUAAUUUUUAAAUAAAGUAUCAUUCGUAUUUAUUUAUAUUUAUCACGCGAAGCACCUAGGUACAAUUUAUAUAUUAUGGUAAGUUGUAUUAAUAAGCUGCGUGUUUUAAAAGGUCAUUUUACAAAUACAAUCCAUUAUAUACAAUAGGUAUUAUCGAAACCACACAAUAGUAUAUUAUUAUUUAAUUACAAAAUGUUAUUGACAUAAAUACUAGAUAAAAAAAUGUGUCUUUUUAAAACACCAACGGCGUUUGUAAAUAUAAUAUAAAAUCGAAACUCAGUUUAAAAUAUAAUUAAAAAAGGGAGGAAUCGCCGACAAUGUACCUGAAUCUUCAAUUACACUAAGCUAACUUAGGUCUAGUGAUAGGAUCUAGAUUAAGUCUAGAUCUAGAAAAGUCUAGAAUAUUAUCUUUGACGCUAGGUUUUUGUCACAGGGUCUUAAGCUUCGAUUUUUGGAAUAGGGCGAAUCAAGCAGGUUUCAAUUUUAUUUUUACGUUUUUAAAAUUGCUUUAGCGCGUGCUAGAAUUUCGCUGUUGUCUUCUAUAUUAAUGAGGGGUAAUUAUUGUGGUGCGUUUCCUCUGAAAUAGUUGACAGCGGUUGCAAUUCAAACAACAAUUAAGAACUUUAUACAACAAUGAUAUUUCUUUACAACUUAAAAGUAAUUAUAGAAAAUAAUGUCACUAACGACUGUUGACAACACAAAAGUUGCCAAUUUUUUUUGUGGAGACGCAGCCUUAGUUUUAUUGUUAAGAUGAAAAGCGGCGCAAUAUUUUUAAAGUAGUUUUUUUUUCUUAAUGUAUUGUAUAUUACCUUCGCGUUAAGUUACUCCUCAUUAAACAAAACAAAAUCGUCCAUCGGACCAAUUACAACCAAACACUGACAAUUGCAUUAUCUAAAAAAACUGUAUUAGUGUUGCCAAAUAAUUUAUUAAAAAACUUUCCACGUAUGCACUUAAGUUAUCAUCUUGCAAAGCCUUUUAUUAUAAUUUUUUUUAUUUAUAUUUGACAGAUCUAAUAAAAUACUUGGCAAUAUUGAUUCAACAAAGUUCAAAAACCAUAGACAAAUAGAUUAAUAGUUUAAGAAUAGAUUAUGUAUAUAUGUCACUAACACGUUCACAAGUUCACUCGAGGUUGUGUUGUUUUUAAUUAAUUUCAAUCAAUUUGUAGAAAGUAAGCCAUAUUGUAUUAUGUGGUCCAAACCACUUCAUCUUUUUGUAUUAUGCUUUUAUUCUAUUUUUGUAUAUUACAUGUAAUAAGUCGUGUUGGUCAAUUUGUUAAAAAAAAUAUUGUUUUUUUUUUUAUACAAUCAUUUGAUGCAUAAUAACAAAAAAUGAUAACAGAAUCAAUAUACUUGGUGAAUUCGUUUUUAAUUCUCCUUCGUUGCUUGCAAUUGACCAACACGUGAUAUUAAUCUGUUUUAGUUUUAUCACGAACCAAAAUAUUACUUUAAAGCAAUAACAGAUACCUGAAUAACGUACAACAUGUAUUUAUCAUCAUGAUAUAGUGAUGGUACAGUCAGCGCCGUAAUUAUUUUUGCAAAUUUCCUUUCCAGUUUCAAACCAUUUUUAUUCGACGUUAACUGUACUAGCGCGAUCUUUGCUUUGAUUAAAUAUUGCAGUAUAAAUAAAUAAAAGUUUUUAAUGUUAUAACUAAAGGGCAAAUUUUCAAAAUAAAUAUUUUUAAAUGCUAAUAAUAAUAAAAUGAAAUAAUUUAUAAAUUGAGCAUCAGAUAGAUAUUUAAUCAAAAUAAGGAUUUUUAUAGACUAAGUAUGUAAUAAUACAGUUAAUGAGUACGACUCCAAUGAUAUUAAUUUUAUAUGUAUAGCUUUCUUUCAUAUGGCUUGUCCGUCCUUGGAGUGAAUUACGAACAAAAGCCUGAUAAACGUGCCUCGGUAAAAUUAUUUCGAAUCUCAUUUUGCAAUAUUUUAUUAAUUGUUAAAUGACUCAAGAGGAAAGGCAAUUAGGUUUUAUAAUCUAUGGUACGGAUGGGGACUAGAUGACGCUGUUUGAUUUUUAAAAAAAAUAUUGCUUACAAAGUUAUUAUUACUUAAGUGGUAUAUUAUAUACUACCGAUUAAUUUAUUUAUGCUGUAUUGUAAAUAUAUGAAACAUGAUUCGUUCAUUUCAAACGAACUUCACACAUUACACUUGACUUGAUCAAUGAAAGAGGUCGAAAUAACUGUAAGACUGUCUCUGGACACUUUUGCUGUAGUAUAUAUGUACUACUUAAUACAAUAGAACGACUGACGAAAUUAAUAUUUCUCUUAUAUUUUUUUUUCUUUACAUUCAAUAUGUAAUAAUUGUAUGCAAAAUUUCUUACCAUUCCUUAAUUUAUUUUUUAUUUAAUUGCUUUCAAACGAUGUUAAUUAUUAUUAAUCAUUUUUUAAUUAUGUUAUGUAAUACAUAAUAUAUAUGUGAGAUAUUCAUCGUAACAGCCUGUGAAUGUCCCACUGCUGGGCUAAAGGCCUCCUCUCCUCUUUUUGAGGAGAAGGUUUGGAGCUUAUUCUACCACGCUGCUCCAAUGCGGGUUGGUAGAAUACACAUGUGGCAGAAUUUCAGUGAAAUUAGACACAUGCACCUGCAUGUCCUUUCCUCACGAUGUUUUCCUUCACCGUAAAGCACGAGAUGAAUUAAAAUCAAAAAUUAAGCACAUGAAAAUUCGUUGUUGCUUGCCCGGGUUUGAACCCACGAUCAUCGGUUAAGAUUCACGCGUUCUUACCACUGGGCCAUCUCGGCUUCUUAUAAAGAUAUUCAUGUUAUAUUAUUAUUUAAAUUAAUAAAAGUUCUACUAUAGAGAUAUAACGAUCAGUGCAUCAUUACUUACAUCGUUUUUGACGUGUUUGAAUGCGGCGUCAUCUAAGUUCCCUUUGAUGGUGUUUUUAUGUUACAGAGCGAUUAUUUUCCAUUCCAUUAUUUUAUAUCAAUAGCAAUGUUUAUACAACACAUUCCACUUAUGGCUGCAAUAGAUUUUCACACUGGAUUAUUAAGUUGUUUACUGUUUAAAUUGAAUUGGCAACACCGUGAUGACGUAUACAAAUAGUCUUAUAAUUAUUGUUUUUUUUUUAAUGUAUAUGAUUGAUACAUUGAUGUUCACAUUUAAUUUUAAAACUUAUUUAAUUCUUUUAAUGUCUUGACGGUGUUGCUAUGUUCAAAAUAAUAUAUUAUAUUUUAAUAUUAUCAUAUCACAAUGCAAUAGUUUUACAAUUUUAACAAUCAUAUGAAACCUUUAAUAUGUUAUAUAAUUAAAUUUUCAACGCACGUUACGUUCACAUAAUUAUCGCCUUUAUUUAAUUUGUAAUAAAGUUUUAAUUUGAGUGACGGUGAUGUAUGUACUUAGACAAAUGCGUCCAGUUUAAAAGGUUUUUUUUUACACGAUUCAGGUUUAAUUUAUGUAUUUAUUAUUUUUUACGUUUUGCGUUUCUUCCAUAAGGAGGGAGCUGUGUUUUUCUUUUCUAUAUAUUUGUUUGUGUUUGCAUACUUGCUUGCAUAUUUUAUAUGUUGUUUCAUUAUUUUGGUACGCGAGAGGUUCGGCUUUAAGGAUGACUUGUGUUAAUUUAUAUAUUUUAAACUUUUUUGCGUCUCAUCCAUAUAUGGAUUUAAUAAUAUAGAGAAUUAUAAAUAAAUGCAGCCUGUAUUUACUUUUAUUAAUUAAAUUAAGCAAUUUAAAAAUUUAAUAUCAAUUAAGUUAUUUGUGUGAAGCUUAAAUUAAUUACAAGUCACCCUUACCUAGAAGAGUUUGUUAAGAAGUUGUUGUGUAAUUAUUAUACUUACAAUGUAAUUAUAUUGUGCGGCUCAGAAUCGAGCCCAGCUUAAGUUAAUCGGCUGGAAUAUUUCGAUUUUGUUUUUAUUUACUUAAUUUAUUGUUUACAAUAAAAUUAAUUUAUUAUUUUUUAACAUUUUAUUAAAAUAAAGAUCAAUUUAAUCAAUUUAUUUGAAAUUAUUUCUUGAUUUUUCUUUUGAAAUUUGUUACAAAUUAAUGGUUUGCGAAAACCGUCUAAUUUCGUAACAUUUUUCAUUUUUAUAUUUCUAAUUAUGUAAAAACAAUUUCUCGGUAUUGUGUUGAUCUGUACCUAAUUUCAUUAUCAUAUAUUACAAUAACAAAAAAUCGAAAUAUUUUAGUUUUGUGUAAGAAUAAGAUAAGAUUUCGUCAAAAAAAAAUUUUUUUGGGACAUGAAUAUUAGGAGUAUGAAAGAACUCGGCGGUUUAUUGUUUUGUUACCCGUGUCUUCUGUAACUUUCUUAGUAACAUCUUGUGAAUAUCCCUCUCUUAUAAUCUUCUAAUCUUUUGAGGAGAAGAUUUUGGAGCUUAUUCCACCACACUCCAAUGCAGGUUGGUGGAAUAUACAUGUGGCAGAAUUUAAGCGAAUUUAGACACAUGCAAAUUUCCUCACGAUAUUUUCCUUCACCGUCAAGCACGUGAUGAAUUGUAAUCACAAAUUAAGUACAUGAAAAUUAGGUUGUGCUCGCCCGGGUUUGAACGCACGAUCAUCGGUUUAGAUUCACGCGCUCUUACCAUUGGGACAUCUCGGCUCAUGCAACUUUCUUACUAAUGUUAUAUAUUCAGAUUUCUGAUAACUUUGUAGCCAAUGUAUGUAGCAAUUUAUACAAUGACGUCAUCAUUAUAAAACAAACCUAUUAAAUUGUAACUUUUUUUGUAAUGCGUAACUGAUAAAAUUUAUACCAGAAGAUGCAACGCUUUUCGUUCGAUGAAAGCUUUAGUAUAUAAUAUUAAUAUAUAAAUAGCUGCGAUGCGUAGUUACACCCGCUUUGAUUUUGGACUAUUGACGUGACAAGGGUGAAAUAAUCGAAAAAAUGUCUGAGGCGUCAUAUAAUGCUGAAGGAAUAAGCAAAUAUUUCGUACCUGAUAUUCAUGUUACCGAAAAUAAUGAAUUAGUUGUAAAUUAUAAAUGAAUCUACCUCAACCAAAUUACCCAUUAACGUUGUUUAUAAGUGUUCUCUUGAGUCUUAUAAUUAUUACUAAUAAAUACCUGAAUUGUAGUGUUUUUGAUAAUAAAGUUAUUAUUAGUUCCAACUUCACAUUUUGAUAUGGUAACUAUUGUUACCAAAAGUAUUGAAUGUGGUUGACGGUGUGUUGCUGCGGUAUUGUCAAGAUUGAAGAUGAUAUUAAAUUUGAAAAUAAACGCUA